CAGGUUGUUCUAUUUAUUACAAAAGAAAAUGGGUGGCAUCAAAAGGCGUUCGAGUAAAAAAAAAAACAUAUGAGAAUGUCAUAAUAAUAUUGGACAUGCAUACUGAUCUUUUAAUAUUUCUACAGCCAGAGCAAACCCUGUGGAGUCAAGUUCAUCAGACGAGGAAUUAGAUCCUCCUUCCAGUUCUUCUGUUGAGCCUGAAGAGAGGCAUGUCGAGGAAACCACAGGGGAACAAGAGCAACACCUGAACCCUGUCGAAGAAACUACACGCGAGCCAGAGCAACACAUGGAUCUUGUCGAGGAAACCACUCAUGAACAAGAGCAACACAUGGAUUCUAUCAAGGAAGAUGAAUUAGAACAGAGCAUGCUUGAAUUGGCCGGAGAAGAGGAAGAGGAAGGGGAGGAAGAGGAAGGGGAGGAAGAAGAAGGAGAGGAAGAAGAAGAGGCAUCUGAAUUAGAGGCUGAAUCACACCAUGCCCUGUUUUCCGAAAUUUCUGAAGUUCGCUAUUCCGAGAAUGAGGAUCCGUCCGUGGUGGAGGACAGCCCUGAAGGCCUUGAUCGAAGUAUCAAGUCCGAACUCAGGUUUCUUCAAUCAAGAUUGACCAGGAAAAAUAUUACGAAUGUAACAAAAAAGCUAUUGAGUCUUGAGCCAUUAAUUUCAAAAUAUGGGUUAAGUCGAAAAUUAUUCAGAGUUUGGUUUCAAAUUAUUGGAUUAAGAAACCAGUCUGUUUUUCAGGCUAAAAAAAGUUUGUCCGUCUUGUUACCUCGAGAUGAAGUAUCCGAAAACCUUAUUCUUCCAAUCUUUAGUCGACUUGGUCUAAAAUCAGCAAAUAUGGCACUUCUCAAUGUGUUUUUAAAAUGGAUCAUUUGUGUAUAUGAUUACCUCGAUUCGACAGAAACAAUCACAAAACUAUAUACGGUCUUGUUUCAUUACCUGCCCUUUCGAGUCAUAAGAGAUAACCUUUGUCAUUUGCUCUAUUACAUGACACGAAAGAGUCACGUAACACCAUACCGAAUUAGAACAUUAAACGAACUGAUCGAACAAGAAAAGGACAAUGCUUCAUUGAUUGGAUUAUUGGCGGUGUAUCGGACUUUCGAUCAUUCGGUUCAGGUACCUGUGAAUGUCCGAUUAAGAAGUAUGUUUGCAUUUGAGCAUCCUGACCCAAGCUUUAGAGUCAAAAUGAGGAAUAUUUGGGCCUAUUGGGGAGAUGAAUCUCACGUGGGUGGGAUAGGCAAACCUUCGAUCAGAAUACGCUUGGAGAAUGACAACGUGAAAAAGAAGAAGAAAACGACAGCCACAGAAGAUUUCAAGAUACGUCCUGCUAAACGCUUGGAUGUGUUUGAAGCAUUUGAUCGCAAUAAAGAUAUGCCCUAUUCAAAACAGUUGCAAAUGUUGUUAGAGGAUAGACAAAUGCAGCACCUUUUAGUUUGUACUGUAGAUGAGGGAAUGUUGGUGCGUUUAGGCUACUGGUUAGGAAACGAAUUAUCCGUUGCCCUUCGAUUCAAUAACAGUAAAGACAAGGGAAAAUCCGAACUCAAGGAGCUUUUACAAAAGUUAUUAGCUCUGACAAAUUUUUCUAAAGCACAAUUACCUGUUAUCCAAUCUUUUUUAAAAAUAUACUUGCAAUCUUGGAACGGUGUUGAAUUUUCUGAUGAAAUAUUUGGGCUGAUAGCGUUUGUAAAACCGAAUGAUUAUGAAGAAUUAUAUCACGACAUUUUAUUACCGCUGUAUCGAAAGUACUCUUUGAUGAAUGUAACUUGGAAAACGAAAUUAAUUAACUGUUACACUGAAUGGCUAAAAAAUUGGGCAUUAUUGGAUUGGCGGGGUCACAAGGAAAGACCUCAUGUUAAUGGUGUUGAUAAUAUCACCUGGUUAUUUGACGGAUUAUCGAUUCAUGUGGAUUAUUUCGAAACGAUGCAAAAGAUUAUUGAGCACGUUGAUAAAAUUUGUGUGAUGGGUCUAUUAGCUGAAAAUGAUCAUCCUCUUUUGCAACAUGCAACACUUUCGUUCUUUGAAAUGGUGGCGAUGAUUCCUCAGGAACACGAUAUCCCGGAAAUUAUUGUGCCUUCAGUGGACUUGGUUGUGAGGUGCUUCUUUUCUUUUAAUGCCAUGGCUACCAGUCGGAUGUGCGGCAUCAUCUUUGACUAUAUAAACGCGUUCUACAAGAACGAUCAAAAAGAAGAAGACUGGGUAUCUCGACAUUCAUCUGAAUAUCUCGAACAGUUCAAUACUUAUGUCACGGAUAUAUGUACGGCCUUGUGGAGAGACAAGGCUUUAGCCAUAGAAGGAAAUGCAACGGCAUUUGGAAUAUCCCAAACGAAUAUUCAAUCUUAUGCUGAUAUUUGUGAAGAAAGAGGAGAAAAAUUUGGUUCUUGUUUUUCAAUCAUUCAACAUGCUGCAUUAGCAGGGUUUUCAAAGAGAUUCUUUAAGGAGCUGGAACAGACUGUAAAUGUAGAAGAGAAGCUCCAAGAAGUAGCUUCAUCGAAAUCUUUGGCAGAUCUUGCAGAGCAAGGAGGAAUCAGUAUUGAAUAUUUUGAAUAUCGAGUAGAAUAUUUAAAUUAUUUAAGAAGUAAGGGAUUAACGGGUAUUCGAGACCUACUGUAUGCCAGUAUGAUUUCACUGAUUAAUCUCUCACAAAAAAGAGAGGAAGACGGGGAACUCCAAUAAAUAAAAAAGUAAAAGGGAGGGAUGUUAAUGUUACUGUUGUAGAAUGCUACACCAACUUGUCAAAUCACACAAAAUGUAAAAUCGUGCUUUUUAUUGGUUACUUUUUUUUUAGAAAAAGGAAUAAAUACUCGUGUUAUUCCUUAUUUUUUUUUUUUCACUUUUUUUUU